AUGGCGGAACAUGCCUCGAUUUCUCCCGUUGCUACUGAGCAGGGCCAGAAGGCACCAACACAAGGCACUCAUCUUGUUGCGGAUGAAAGUGAUGCCGAUUCUGCAAUCGGAGACGACGACGAUGAUAGCAUAAGACAGUACCGUGUUGAAAAUGGCCGCACCUACCAUUCAUACAAAGAUGGCCAAUACGCCUACCCCAACGAUGAGGCAGAGGCCAAUCGUCUAGAUCUCCAGCAUCACUUGUAUAACUUAACCCUCGACGGAAAGCUGUUCUUGGCCCCAAUCAAAAAGGACUCCCAGAACGUCCUUGAUGUCGGGACCGGAACUGGCCUAUGGGCUAUCGAGUUCGCUGAUGAACACCCAUCUGCUGUGGUGAUUGGCACUGACCUCUCCCCAAUCCAGCCCACCUUCCUCCCCGCAAAUGUCACGUUCCUAGUCGAUGAUGCCAAGGAGCCAUGGGUUUUCAAAGAGAGGUUUGACUUCAUCCAUACCCGACAACUUCACUGCGCCGUCGAGGAGAAGAAACUGAUGAAGCAAGCUUUACGGAAUCUCAAGCCGGGUGGCUGGUUAGAAAUGCAGGAGACCUCGACCCCAAUCGCCUGCGACGAUGGUACCAUGACCCCAGACCAUGCCGUUCACAAGUGGACGCACUUCAUGCUAGAAGCCUCAAAGCGCAUUGGCCAAAGCUUGGAUAAUCCCCCCAAAUACGCGGAGUGGAUGCAAGGCGUAGGCUUCGUCAAUGUCCAGCAUGUUGUUUACAAAUGGCCGUGUAACCCCUGGCCCAAGGAUAAGAAGCAUAAAACCUUAGGUUUGUGGACGCUCGUUAAUGCACAGGACGGUGUUGAGGGUUUCACGAUGGCGAUGUUUACUCGCGUGUUGGGUUGGCAACCUGAAGAGGUGCAGUCUUUCUUAGUGGACGUGAGGAAGGAUUUGAAGAACAAGAGCAUUCAUAGCUAUGUUACAGUAAAUAUUGUAUUGGGGCAAAGGCCGGAAUAG